CCCCUUUCCAUAAUCCUCAUCUACUCUUCCCGUAGUCCUCAUCUCCUCUAUCUCUCAUUUUCGCCUUGAUCCCCAAAUCUUGAACCCAGUACCGCAGCCCACACGAAUCUCGAAGCCGACGUGAAUCAAGUCUCAAAUUCAAGACGGUUCCUGCUUGUCAAAAUCUCCAAGGCUUGACGGUUCCUGCAGACGGUUCCGGCUUGACGUUCUUUGCUGCUCCGUAUAAAUUAGCUUGAGGUACCUAGAUUUGUACCUCAUCCGCGUAGAUGGCUUAAGAAGAAGAAUAUCAUGCGCUGUUGAAAGAGAGCAUGGCUUGGAGUAUUCAUUAAUCAGGGAAACCUUUCAGUGUAGAUGUCGCGGUUGAUCACUCGUCGUAGGAGUGUGACCAAUGCGCCUCCCGCAUUAUCACCAUCUACUGCUCCGGCCGUGAGUGCUCCAUUGAUUGGGGAGCCUACACCUUUCAUUGAGGCUACUGCUACGACAUCCCAGGUGCCAUUAUCAUCGACGUCAUCAGUGUCCGUUCAGUUUCUCAAUGCACGGCGGCCUCACCGGCGCCGCCGUGAUUCAGAGUCUUCUAUUCACAGUUCCUCGUCAUCCAGAGUCGAGGAUGGGGGCUCCCCUCCAGCUAAAAAAAACACCAGGGGGCCUAAUCGAAUGCUGAAGGCGGCACAAAUGGUACGUCUGUCCGCCUCCUUGAUCAAGAUUGCAUAUGACUCGCGACAUCGUGGAGCGGCUACCUCACAGCAACAUAGUAUCGUCGUUACUAGCUGUGGUUAUGUUAUUAAAAAUUGUUGUCCUAUGCAAUGGAAAUCUUGGGCAGAAAUUCCCGAGGAGACGAAGAUACUGGUGCGAGACAAGUUGUCGGUCAAUUUUGAUUUUAAGGACAUAUCCCCCGAGGUCAUCACCUACUUAGAUGAGACCUUUGCAAACCGGUACAAAAAUUGGAAGAGCGAUCUUCAUGCGCAUUUUAAGAUAUGGGGUGAUGUGGAGACUGCUCGCCUACAGGGUUGCCCAUCCGAGUUGGCGGACCGGCGAGAGGAUUGGGAGUGGCUUUGCAACCAUUUUACGGACCCAAAAUUUUGUGGUAUGUACAUAAUAUUUUAA